AUGGCGCCGCCGCCCGUGCCCAGCAGCGCCGCGCUGCCGGCGUCGGGCUCGGGCGACGACCUGCGCCCGAGCACCAAGUUCGUGCACAAGCUCUUCCGCAUGGUCUCGGACCCCGAGUACCAGCACCUCAUCUCGUGGAACGGCACGGGCAGCUCCGUCGUCGUGACUAACUUCGACGAGUUCUCAAAGGAGGUGCUCGGCAAGCACUUCAAGCAUUCCAACUUCUCCAGCUUCAUCCGCCAGCUCAACAUGUACGGCUUCUAUAAGGUCAACAAGACGCCGCGCGGCCACCGCAACGCUGUCGACACGCAGGUGUGGGAGUUCUCGCACCCCAAGUUCAUACGCGGGCGGCCCGACCUGCUCGACGAGAUCCGCCGCAAGGCCCUCGACUCGGAG